CCUUCAUAGGAGAACACACGGUACCUGACAAGUACGGUUACAUAGCCAUUGACGACGUCCACUUUUGGGAGAGCUGCAACACGAAACAAGGAGCCCUUCCAUCGGCCCCUGUACCAACCAAGCCACCGUUUACAUGCUCUGAAAAGGAAUUCCAAUGCACGGGCAUUCCACAGUGCAUACCAUUGGCCAAAGUGUGCGAUUUCAAGGAGGACUGCUCCAACGGAGCUGACGAAUCCCGUUGCGGUGCCUGCGAGUUUACGACCGACCUGUGCGGUUUGGAAAAUGAGGAUUCGAGCGCACGUUUUGGUUGGAACUGGACAUUGGUGGAAGACGGCAAGAAGAAACCCGGCUUCCCAAAAACAGACAGUCGAUCCAACAUGCAAGGAGCUUACGCUGCGUAUUCGUUGGUUAACUUAGUUCGUGUACCUGGCUAACAGUGUUGGCGUGAGCAUUGACCGUCCUGAGUAUAAUAUGUGCCAUCCAGACAGCCAGAGUGAAGGAUCCGAAGCUGCCGAAAAGGUGAGCUGCAGCUUCUCAGAUCCUUUGAACUGUGGCUGGUUCCCUGAGCGAAAGGCCUCUGAUAUGACGUGGGCUCUGAACCUUGGAGGAACUGAGUUUCCCAAAUUUCUGUGGCAGCCCUCCGACAGCGACUCUCAUAAAGGUCCCUACAUGUAUGCUCAGAACCUGCGUUUCGCCGUAAGUUCCGCCCACCUGGUUUCAAUCAAGAUGGGCCCUACUCCCGGCACGGGCCGUUGUUUCACAUUUUGGUACAACAUGUGGCAUCCAAAUGUUGGUAAACUGAACCUCAUGAAGCGUGUUGAAAACGAGUCUAACAGCCUGCUGUGGACACGCUCAUCACCUCAAGGCAAAGAAUGGAAGCAAGGCCAGGUGCAGCUGUUCUCAGAUGAUCCUCAUCAGUUGAUCUUCGAAGCCGUGCUCCUCGCCGGUAAACGAGGCAUGAUCGCCAUUGACAACUUUGUCCUCAACGACACCAGCUGCAGCAGCGACAAAUCUGGAGGGUGCAACUUCGAGUCCGAUUCGUGCGGGUGGCAGAUGCACAACUGGGAACGCACAAGCACGACCAGAAGCUUCAAACCUACCGCGGAUCACACCACCGAGUCACCCACAGGCCGCUUCGUUCUGGCAAGAAUCCUGGUGGCCGCAUGGUUAGCCCUGAAAAUUGGUACGACCCGACUCAGCCGAAGUGCUUCCGCUUCUGGUACUUCCUUACUGGCACACCUGCGGAAACGCUCAGGGUCACCCGAGUGCUCAAAGGAGGUCAGGAGGUCGCACUCUGGCGUGACACCCCGUAUCAAGACAACAGCAAACAGUGGCGCCAAGCAUCCGUUAACCUACCUGCUUACCAUGAAACUCCUACGAUCGUGUUCGACGCCACAACCUCUGACGCCGCGGGAGCAGUUGUAGCCGUAGACGACCUCAGCCUCGGCAGCGUGCCUUGUCCUCCCGCCGGAAGCUGCUCAUUCGAGGAGGACAUGUGCGGCUGGACCAGCAAUAAUAUUCUCAACAACGCACAUUGGUAUCGACACCGGGGUGCCACAGUUUCCAAUACGACUGGUGUGCAGAAAGACCACACGUUGGGCACAACCAAGG